AUGCGGCCCAAAACACCUGUGCUGACCUCAGUAUCAAUUACCUGUGGAUGCCAGAACUCACUCCAGGCUUGCCACAAUUGCCUCACACCCCGCGGAGAGGUUGGUACCCCUGCGCGGGCACGGAGGCGCCUGGGAACACCCCGAGCUUAUGAUGUGCUGUUUGGGUUUUUGCUCCCUGCGUCCGCGCCUGUUCACGAAGAUGAUGUCGUAUUUUACAAGAGUAUUGACAACGGACCCCCCCUCCGCUGUGUUGCCAAACUCCGAUACUCCGUUUCCCCACAAGUCACGGGCUCCCUUGUCGGCCUGGACUGUCAGCGAGCGGGGAAGAAGAACUGGGACAAUGACAUGAGGAACGGGAUGUCGACGACGGUGACUUCAAGCUCCUCCACGGGCUUCUCCUGCGACGACGUGUUCCCCGCUCCCUGGUGGCCCGAGAGUUGGGACAGCAUGAUCGGAAAUUGCCGAAAUGCGCCGGUAUCGCCCUCGUUCAUGCCGUCAUCUGCAAACGUCUUCUCGUCCUUCUCUGAAGAUUGUUAUUGCUUCUCGUCUUCACUCCCGUCAUCAAUGGAGGAGGACUGUUACUGCCACUCUUCUUCGGCAGCCAUUGCCACCGAACCCUAUGACUGUUUGUGUGAAAGCAUCAGCAGCAGUUCCUCAGGUAUAGAUUGUCUGUGUGAGGAGUCGAGCUCAUCUUCCUUCUAUGAGCCCGACUGCCUUUGUGAGCCAUCCAGUAGCAGCUUCAGUAGCAGCUUGGAUUGCCUUUGUGAACCAAGUAGCAGUAGUUUCAGUAGCAGCAUAGACUGCCUUUGUGAACCAAGUAGUAGCAGCUUCAGUAGCAGCUUAGAUUGUCUUUGUGAGCCAAGUAGUAGCAGCUUCAGUAGCAGCCUAGACUGCCUGUGUGAGUCUAGCAGCAGCAGCAGCAGCUUUAGCUCAAGUUCGUCAUCAAGUUCCAGUUCAAGCAGUUCCAGUGAGUCCUAUUCAUCCUCUUCAAGCAGCUCCAGUUCCAGCAGCUCUAGUUCUUGCUCAAGUGAAAGCAUUUCCUCAAGCAGUUCCAGCAGUUCAAGUAGUUCAAGUUCAAGCAGUUCUAGUUCCAGCUCGAGCAGUUCAAGUUCAAGCAGCUCUAGCUCAAGCAGUUCAAGUUCAAGUAGUUCUAGCUCGAGUAGUUCCAGUUCCAGUAGUUCUAGUUCAAGCAGUUCAAGUUCUAGUAGUUCCAGCUCAAGCAGUUCAAGUAGUUCUAGUUCAAGCAGCUCAAGUUCAAGUUCCAGCAGUUCAAGUUCAAGCAGUUCCAGUAGUUCGAGUUCAAGCAGCUCAAGUUCGAGUAGUUCUAGCUCAAGCAGUUCCAGCUCAAGCAGUUCCAGUAGCUCUAGUAGUUCAAGUUCAAGCAGUUCGUCAAGCAGCAGUAGUUCUUCAAGCAGCAGCAGUUCCUCAAGCAGCAGUAGUUCCUCAAGUAGCAGCAGUUCCAGCAGCAGCAGCAGCAGCAGUUCGUCCAGCAGCUCAAGCAGUAAGUUAAUGAAUGGCAAAUAUAUUGUUAAAGUUGUUUCUUAAGAAUGUGUUUUGUGACUAAGAAGACUUCCAAGUAAAAUCCCUUUAAAGUAAUAAUUUGCAACCAGCCUCGUGUUAAUUAAUGAAUAACAUAAAUACAUAAUAUGCAAAAUUAAGUAACAUUAUAAUAAUUACAACUAGAUAGGAUCUUGUAUGACACUACAGAUCCUAUUCAUAAUUAAACUAAGACGAAAAAAAUACGUAUAUGUAUGAAUAAAACUCAUUUUAUAUAUGCACCCACAGGUAAGUAAUGCACGGUAAUGACAAGUAAAAAAAAAAAAAAGAAAAAAAAAAUCUAACACAUCUUUUUUUCCCAUUAAUCAUACCUGACGAAAAGGUAAGUAACUAGGCAGAUGCUUAGAAUAAAAAAAAAUGCAUUUUAGUAAUUUAGGAACUUUCCAUAUAUUUACUUCUCCUAAUUUGACACUGUCCUUGUACCUUCUGAAGCACACAAAACUAAAUAUCUGUAUCCUGUUGUAGUCUUUCUGGUCGGAAGAUAUGACCAGAUCACACUUAAGAAAUCGAAUGUGUGCAAAGAACAAUUAAUAUUUGCUUUGUUUAUUUUGCAGAAUACUUUACUGGUGAGCAUCCGGCAAAUUGCAGAUACUGUUUAACAAACCCUAAACUAAGGACUAAAGAGAAAAUAAACCAAAAAUAUUAACCUAGUCAAUGAAACGAUCUCAGAUGAAUAACUGAUAAAAGAUGAUAAUUAAUCAUAAACCAAUAACUAAACUAAUCCGCGUUAUGUGUUUCAGACAUUUUAUUAUCUUUUUUUCUUCAGGAUAAAAUAAAUCUGCAGUCUAUAUCAUGGUUCUUUGGAUCUGUCUAUAAUGCGUUUCAUAACUCUGGAAGUAAAAUGUCACAUGUAAGAGAAUUCCUUUGAGUAGUAGCACUUCCUUAUAUGGAAGCAGCUUUCUUCGAGCACCCACUCACACGCAUUCGUACACGUACACAGAAACACGC